UCUGCUAUGUUUAGCACAGGGAGGGUGGGGAUUCACCACUCUUCUUGCGGAAUCGAUAUCAAGAGAUUUCGGAAGCAUAAUUUUUAACAACUGGGGCUGCGAAUGAUCGUCGAUCUUUGCGCCCCAAUAUAAUGUUCAAAGUUAAAGUGAAAUGCUUCCUUGGUAUCUAGCUUGUGUCUAGUCCCUUGCGCGGCGUAUAGGAUGUAUUCAACUGAAUAUACUGCUCUUAACCACAGAUCACAAUAUCACAGAUAAUAAUACCUUAAAUAAGUGGUGGUUGCUGCGAUAACUUUUAAUUUUACAACAGGUUAUUCUGAACUUGUUUGUUUUGACCUAUUUUGGGAGGAUGCAGAAGUAUUCAUGACUAGCGAGCCUCGCUUUCUCAGGAAGUGUAACCACAUGAAGUGCGCAUGCCCAGUUUUUCAGAAUGUAGGGUUGUGUUCGACUUCGUAUUAACGCCCUUCAGUGGCUACACUGGGAAUAGAGUCAUUAUGGCAGAAGCAGAGGUGACAACAGUCUCCAUGGGGGAACUGGUGGUAAUGAAGGCCAAUGAGGAAGAGGAUGGUGAUGAUGAAGACAGCAAGACACAGGUCAUCCUCCAGCUUCAACCAAUCACUGUAGGUAUGGACGAGUCGGUAGAGACAGAUGGAGAUGUUGUGGGACACCCAGAAGAUACCACAGUUGACGGGGAGGAGGUUGAGCUUGGUUAUCCCAUCACGUGUGGAGAGAGUAAAGCUCUGCUGCUGGUCAAGAAGUUUGUUUGUCCUGGAAUCAAUGUCAAAUGUGUGAAGUAUGAAGACCAGUUGAUCAGCCCCAAACAGUUUGUCCACAUAUCUGGGAAAGCGACGCUGAAGGACUGGAAGAGAGCCAUCCGGAUGGGCGGCGUCAUGCUCAGGAAGAUGAUGGACUCUGGCCAGCUGGACUUCUACGAGCACACCUCUCUGUGCACCAACACGUGUCGCAGUACCAAGUUUGACCUGCUUAUAAGCAACACACGCUUCCCACCGGACGGUAGCGGCCUAACCACCCCCACAUCCUCACAAGUCCAGGUGGUGACAGGUAAUGGUAGUCAGGUUGGCAUUACAGAUGAGAGGUCAGAGGUUGUGACCGGAACAGGGGAGUGGAGUUCAGGGGUCAUGGAGACCACAGAAAAGAAGGAGACCAGUGAAAUAUCAGAGGAGACAUUGAACUUCUGGAAAGGCAUAGCUGAUGUGGGUCUGAUGGGGGAGGUGGUAGAGAACAUCCGAACAGAGCUGCUGGAGAUGCUGAGGGGAGUUCAGCUACGCAGCGAACAGGCUGCCAUACAGGAUACAGAUUCCUGUCUGGUAGAGGUGGCAGUGUUGAGUAACCUGGCCCAGGUGUUUGGCCUGCUGGAUUCAGUCAAACGCAUCCUGAACAUAAGAAGAGAACAGACUGACCCUGGAGAGGAGCAGGUCCUCAGCACACUGACCAACCUGGAGCUGCAGUUGGAGGAGCAGAAGCGACAGCAGCAAGCCAGAGUUCAGCUCUGCCAGCCCCAGACACGCAACAAUGUCAGCCACGCCCCAGCCAAACCCACCAAGCCCAAGGCCAAACGGCCCCGCCUGCAGCGGCCGGCCUCCACCACCACCCUCCUCUCAUCCCCCCAGCCCCUGCAGCCCCAGCAGUUCACCGUACUCUCCCCCAUCUCCUUCUCCUCCAUGAGCCAGCCCUUCUCCUUCUCCAGCCUCUCCGGCUUGCCCGUGGCCACGCUGGGCCAACAGAACAACACAGUGACCCUCCACACCCUGCCCGCCGGUGCCCAGACCUUCACCCGAUACAUCACUACCAUGGUGGGGGCAGACGGCAAGACGGAGACCCUGACCCUGCACCCGUCCCAGGGGCUGACACUGGUUGGCACCACCCUCCAGGACCCCAGCCAGCUGGGAGGAACCAUGAUGAGCCCCAUGGAGCUUGUCCAACUCACCCAGGGAGGGGUGACCGUGGGUGGGGAGAUGAUGGUGGAGCAGCCUCUGGAUGGCCAGGUUGUGGAAGGUGGGACAGUGGUACUCCACCAGCAGGGCAUGGUACAGGAGGGAUUAGUGGAGGGGGUGGAGGAUGAGAACCAGGCACAUACUACCGUGAUCGAGAUCAACCCCGCGCCAAACGACCAGGACCAGACUAUGGGGGCGGUGAUGGAGCUGCAGCUGGCCCAGGAAGGCGAGGCUGACACUGGGGAGGAUGGCUCUGGUGUGAUGGUCCAUGACGGCAUGGAGGUGACCAUGGUCACGGAGGGAAUGGAGGGAGAGAGCGGAAAGGGGAUGGUGGUACAGGAGGAUGGGGAGUCGGAGGAUGUCCAGGCAGAGUUGAUCGAGGCUGGGCAGCGGAGCCAGGAAGAGGGGGUCCAAACACUGCAGGUUGAUGCUAGUGGGCAGAUCUCAGGCCUAAGGAUAAUAAUGAUUGAGGAACCUCAGGAAGACAAAUGAGCUGGCACUGAUUUCAGUACAACCCACAGCCAUGCACAGUACUCUACUAUUGUUUGUUUUGUAACGCAUUUCUAUGAACAUUUUCAACUUGAAAUAGACGCCCACAUGCACUUUUCCGAAGUGGCGGGACAUUGCUCUAGUGCUGUAGUGGAUUGAGAUCGGCUUGAAUAACAGCCUAGGGUUAUACUCAAGGUGAGCUACCAUUUUUUUUAGUCUGUCCAUGUGUGUGCGUGUGUGUGUGUGAGGUAGAGGUCUAUACUGUUUGAAACAAUAAAGUCUAAUGUCUACUCCCCAUUAAACCCUUUCCUCUGUAGAGCCUUUUGGGGUGAAGUCUGUUUGGCAGCUUUUGUAAAACGAAAAACAAAGAUGUUUUUGAGCUUACCUUUGUACAUUUUUUUUCAGUACUUUUUACUGAAAACCUUUUCUUUCCAUGGUUCGCAUUAUUUCUCACCCGGAUUCUCUGAAUGGCAAAUAUAUUUGACGUUUGUGUCUUUAACCUUUAUUUAACCAGGGAGUCAACAUUAUCAUUUGUAGGUGUAUAUGCAAGCUCCAUGGGGAAUAUCACAGUUCUCUGCUCCAUUGCAUUUGUUUUUCAAUAUGUUUGAUUUUUAUUGUGCGGUUAUUUUAGAGACACAGUUUUGUAUUAUGUGCCUCAAAGUUUGAUAGAUAGAAAUUGGUCUGAAGUGAAAUUAUGCUCCAAAUGGUUAUGUAUAAGACCGAGACUAAUGUCAAGCUCUGAACAAAAUGCAUUCAUAACAACUUUAUGAAACAUUCAUAUUGUCUUUGAGUGUUGCAAUAUAAUGUCUAACAACCUUCAUAACAAAUUCAACCUACUUAUGGACACUCCUUUCAAUAAAGUGUUCACCCAAAAUCCUGCACAGCCUAGGAACAAAUAAAAAGCCCCCCCCCC